GAAUCAAUUUGUUCAUUCCAUUCGCUCAUUCAUUCACACAAUUCACAAAUCAAUGAGAAAAUCUUGUGCUGCGUAUGAAAAUAAAUGUUAAAACUUUAAGUAAUUGAGCAACUUGGUUCUAAACCAAGUUUGAAAAGCUUAAAAAUAUGGCCCGUUGUGGUGACUAUAUCAAAAGCCAAUUUCCGCUGAUCGACGACGAGCUGAAACAAUAUGUUGAAGAUAUUCUCGACAAUAGUGCGGGUGAAUUUGAAGACACUGAAGAGGUUUUCGAAGCUGUAGGAGAGGUCUUGCAAAGCAUUUCACAGAAAUCAGAAGCAGAUAUAAGGGAAAUAUGUGAAAAGCUUUUACAUAUGCUACAGCCAGAAAAAACUGGAAACAGUAACGGGUUAACUAAAGUAUUGGACGCGCCUAUUCACUUGGCAUCGAUGACAACAACUCACACUGAAACCGAUGAUCUCAAAAGCAUCUGGCUGCAAACUAGGGACGAUAGCUUAAAAGUAGACGCAAAGAAAUUAGAAAAGGCUGAGGCGAAAUUGCAACAGAAACAGCAAAAACAGAAAGAUUCUAAAGCUCCCACUGCUGCGCCUGUGUUGCAAACGGCUACAGCGUCACAGGUUACGUCUAAAAAGGACAGCAAGCUAGAAGCAAAGGGAACCAACCGCACACAGGACAUUAGGAUAGAAAACUUUGACAUUGCAUAUGGGGAUAGAGUGCUAUUACAAGGAGCUGACCUGGUUCUAGCCUGCGGACGUCGCUACGGCCUCGUAGGCAGGAACGGACUCGGGAAGACGACUCUCCUCAGAAUGAUUUCAGCUAAACAAUUAAAAAUACCUUCCCAUAUCUCAAUCCUACAUGUCGAGCAAGAAGUAGUGGGAGACGAUACAAUAGCGUUACAGAGCGUUUUAGAAUGUGACACGGUUAGAGAAAAUUUGUUGAGGAGGGAAAAGGAAAUCACAAAUGCUAUCAAUAACGGCUCAACCGACCCGAGUCUCUCGAACGAGCUAAGCGAAGUGUACGCUCAACUAGAGAACAUCGAGUCUGACAAGGCUCCCGCGCGAGCUUCCAUCAUCCUCAGCGGUUUGGGUUUCACGCCAGAGAUGCAGGCGCGAGCUACCAAGACCUUCUCCGGAGGCUGGCGCAUGAGGCUCGCGCUGGCCAGGGCGCUGUUCUCAAAACCAGAUCUGCUGCUACUGGACGAGCCGACCAACAUGUUGGACAUCAAAGCCAUCAUCUGGCUGGAGAACUACCUACAGAGCUGGCCCACCACGCUCCUCGUAGUGUCUCACGACAGGAAUUUCCUGGACACAGUGCCCACUGAUAUCAUGCAUCUGCAUACGCAGAGGAUAGACACGUACAGAGGCAACUACGAGCAAUUCCACAAGACGAAGACUGAGAAACACAAGAACCAACAGCGCGAGUACGAGGCGCAACAACAGCACCGCGCGCACACGCAGGAGUUCAUCGACCGCUUCCGGUACAACGCCAACCGCGCCUCCUCCGUGCAGAGCAAGAUCAAGAUGCUGGACAAGCUCCCUGAACUGAAGCCUGUGGAGAAAGAGAUAGAAGUGGUUCUCCGGUUUCCCGAGACGGAGCCACUGUCGCCGCCGAUCCUGCAGCUGAACGAAGUUGGAUUUUACUACUCAAAGGAUAAGGUCAUAUUUACCGAUGUCAACCUCGGCGCUACACUCGACUCCAGGAUAUGUAUUGUGGGAGACAACGGCGCCGGCAAGACGACGCUUCUCAAGAUAAUAAUGGGCAUCCUGUCGCCCACUAGUGGGAUUCGCAACGUGCACCGCGGGCUCAAGUUCGGCUACUUCUCGCAGCAUCACGUGGACCAGCUCGAAAUGAACGUCAACUCUGUGGAGCUACUUCAAAGGAGCUAUCCAGGCAAAACAAUCGAAGAAUACCGGCGGCAACUAGGCAGUUUUGGUGUGAGCGGCGACCUGGCGCUCCAGACCAUCGCCAGCCUCUCAGGAGGCCAGAAGUCCCGGGUUGCCUUCGCCAGGAUGUGUAUGGGCAACCCCAACUUCUUGGUACUCGACGAGCCGACCAACCACUUGGAUAUUGAGACCAUUGAGGCGUUGGGGAAGGCGAUCAAUAAGUAUACGGGCGGAGUGAUUCUCGUGUCUCACGACGAGCGGCUCAUCCGUAUGGUGUGCAAAGAGCUGUGGAUCUGCGGAAACGGCUCCGUCACCAGCAUAGAAGGCGGCUUCGACGAGUACCGCAAGAUCGUCGAGCGGGAACUACUGGACGCCCAGAACAAAUAGGCAAUACACAUCGCAUAUUGAUGGGAAGACUGUCACUAGGCAAAAUUGUAUAACAGAACAUCGAAAAUAGCAUCUAUAACAAUUUUGUACAGCUACAGAACAUCAGGCUAUGCAUUUACGUUCCAAAAUAGCAUCCAUUUCACCCGUUGUCUUAGGUAAGCGACGGAACGUGACAUGAAGCGACGAUCCGCGACAUAAUGCGACCAAUACUUUUUGUGACAUGUUUCUUACGCCGUGGCGUCUCUAGCCCAUGUAGCAUCCAUGUGCAGUCAUUAACCUAGCGCCCUCUAAACAUUUUUCUUUCUUUAUUUCUCUAGUAACACUUAAGGGCGCGCGGCCAGUGGCAUACGCACACCCUGCGUAGGUAAAAUAUCUUCUGGAUAAGUAGGCUUUUGUUCAUACUUGACGUUGUCGCAUCGCGUGGUGUUGUCACGUUUGUCGUUCACCUAAGAAAACGGAUCAAUGACAAGAUGAGAGUAUUGCUUGAUGUGCUGUCGUCUGUAUUUAUUUACUUAUUCCACAGUAAGAGCGUAUUACGUCCCCGUGCUCGUAAGAUGACACUAUUAUCCAAAACAAAUAAUUUCAGUGAGAGUCUUCUUAUCAAUGUGGGACAUGAUAACCAUUAAUAUUAUAUGUAUAAAGUAAUCCUAAAUUAUAUUGUUGUAAUAUAUAAAUGCGGCGUUUUAUUAGUUCUGUUUGGGAGUCGUCGAUUCGGUUUGUGAAUGUAAUGCGAAUAGGAAAUACUUACACGAUUUAGAGUAAAUUUUUUGACAAAAAAAGCAUACGUAGGAGAAAAUUAUAUGAGAAUUCAAAAACAUAUUGAUGACAUUCAAAAAUCGUCUCUUUGACCAGUUACGCAACUAGAUUGAACGUCUGGGUAGUCGGGAUUGUAGGUUCGAAUCCCGACGGGUGCAAUGCGAUGAGCUCGAACGUUAAAUAACGUUAGAUCCGAAGUCGAGGACGUUUUAGCAUUUAUAUGAAUUUAUUUAUUUAUGUUUAUUUGUUAUCUAGCCGUCAUAUUAGCUUUAUUUAUCUUGGGGCUAGGUUAUAAGUGUGAUAGUUGGAUCAAUUUAUGAAAAUGUCUCGCUGUCGUAUCUGAAAUUGAUUUCAACGUAGCAUAAUGCAUUUUAGUAGGACUGUAUUUAUCAUGACCAAACCAUGAACUGUGUAUUGACCUCUCUUAUUAAUACUAGUUUCUUAUUGUAUUCGUAAUCAAAUUAAACUUCAAAACAAUAGUAUCGAUAUGUAUUGCUUUCAAUUUGUAAUUUUCUAAGCCAAUAAACAAAAUCAUUUCGUAAGCAGGAAAUGAAAGACUGUUA